GUUAGCCAAUUUACUCUACAGGCAAAAAAAAGCUGAAACAUAGGAAGAAAACAGACAAAUAGAAGUUACUUUCCUAAUUAGCUGAAUGUCUGAAGAUAUAAGGCAGUGUACACUGUUGUAUUUACCUGUCUCCAAAGAUAACAGACGGGUCAGAAAUAAAAAAAAAACAGGCAGGAGGUUGAGUUAUGCAAACGCCUGUCUUUUCCGACGAAAUGAGAAGGCGGAUGAGGACUUUAAAUUAGCUAGUUAGCAAGCUCACGAUUUUCUUCGUUUAGCAAGGUUUGUGUGAUUAUUACUCUCUUUAUCAGAGAACUAUAGAGACAGUAAUCACGGCAGUUGUCUGUAAAUACGUGCCCAGAAUUGUCAUUCAUUGACCGCCUCGGGGCUCUCCCCCGGCCGGCGACAAGCAUGGCAGGAAAUCCGAGGAGGGGCGCAGGUCUCAUCGGCUUGAUGAAGGACGCAUUUCAGCCCCAUCACCAGCCUCUCCAGCCUCACCAACCUGCAGUGGUAGACAAGAAAAUGGUGGAGAAAUGCUGGAAACUUAUGGAUAAGGUGGUACGUCUGUGCCAGAACCCUAAGGUGGCCCUGAAGAACAGCCCCCCAUACAUCCUGGACCUACUGCCAGACACCUACCAGCACCUCCGCACCAUACUGUCACGCUACGAGGGCAAGAUAGAGACGCUCGGGGAGAAUGAGUACUUCCGGGUGGUGAUGGAGAACCUGACCAAUAAGAUCAAGCAGACCAUGAGCUUGUUCAAGGAGGCCAAGGAGCGCAUGUAUGAGGAGAACUCUCAACCCAGGCGGAACUUGACCAAGCUGUCGCUGAUAUUCAGCCACAUGCUGGCUGAGCUAAAAGCCAUCUUUCCCAAUGGCCUAUUCCAAGGAGACAACUUCCGCAUCACCAAAGCCGACGCCGCCGAGUUCUGGAGGAGGUCUUUUGGUGACAAGACCAUUGUUCCAUGGAGGAUGUUCCGGCAGGCUCUUCAUGAGUUCCACCCCAUCAGCUCAGGCCUGGAGGCCAUGGCUCUGAAGUCUACCAUCGACCUCACAUGCAACGACUACAUCUCCGUCUUCGAGUUUGACAUCUUCACCAGGCUCUUCCAGCCGUGGUCAUCUCUCCUGAGGAAUUGGAACAGCCUGGCUGUCACACACCCGGGGUAUAUGGCCUUCCUCACCUACGACGAGGUUAAGGCCCGACUGCAAAGGUUCAUCCACAAGCCUGGCAGUUAUAUCUUCAGACUGAGUUGCACUCGGCUGGGCCAGUGGGCCAUUGGCUACGUCACUGCAGAUGGGAACAUUCUGCAGACCAUCCCCCACAACAAGCCCCUCUUUCAGGCCCUCAUUGAUGGAUUCAGGGAGGGAUUCUACCUGUUCCCAGAUGGCCGGGCCCAGAACCCAGACCUCACAGGGCUGUGUGAGCCCUCCCCACAGGACCACAUCAAAGUCACACAGGAGCAGUACGAGCUCUACUGUGAGAUGGGCUCCACAUUCCAGCUGUGUAAGAUCUGUGCCGAGAAUGACAAGGAUGUAAAGAUAGAGCCCUGCAGCCACCUCAUGUGUACCUCCUGUCUCACUGCCUGGCAGGAAUCGGAGGGGCAGGGCUGUCCGUUCUGCCGCUGUGAGAUUAAAGGCACAGAGCCCAUCGUGGUAGACCCCUUCCACCCCAAGAACAGCAGCAGCGGGGCCUCCUUUGCCAGCUUCCAGGGGCCCUACGGGGUGGAAGGAGGGGUCUCCCUGUCAGUCUCCCUCAGCAACGACGAGGACGAUGACGAGCGCCUGGAGGAUCCCCACCUCAUCAUGAGCAGGCUGGCCUGCACCAAGGUGGAGCGCCCGCCCUCCCCUGUGACGCCACUGCCCCCUGUGCCCCCCAGGCUGGACCUGCUGCAGCAGAGGCCCCCCACCUCCCCAGGGGCCCCGGGCCAAGGAGCAACAACCAAGAUUGCAGCCCUCCACAGAGACAAACCUUUGCCCCUCCCUCCUGCCCUGCGAGAGUUACCCCCACCUCCUCCACCCGAACGCCCUUCUCCCCUUGGACCCCCAGAGGGCCGGCUCCAAAGGAGACCUCUGCCAUGCACCCCUCCAGAGCCCAACUGGGCCUCCAACUACAUGGUUCCCCGGCACGUAGCCAAGGCCCCCCCACAGACCAACGGACCCAGUGACAGUGACUGCAUCCACAGAGCAAAGCCGCUAGCAGCGACCAACGCUAUCUACUCCCUGGCAGUCGGGCCUCAACAGGAGACUACCGGUGAGAAGUCAUCUGGGAGUGAUGAGGAGAAUGAGUACAUGAGCCCCACCUCUCUCCCUGCAGCAGGACCCUCCUGGGCCAUGGCGGGUGCUGUCGUGCCCGCACCACCACCGCUCCAACCCACUAACCACAACUCACGGACUGUGGUGUGUGAUGUGGACUGUGAGGACCCUCAGGUGUAUGAGUCCAUGUGUAACAUCCAGGCCCAGGCUAGUGCUACUGAGCCCCUCCCUCUGCCCUCCCUGCCCCAGCAGCCACCAGAGUCAGACUACCUCAUCCCUCCCCCUGUGGUUUCCCUGCACCAUAUGGUAGAGGAGAUGGAGGAUGAGUAUGAUUACCCCAGGCUCCCCCAGGCUCCCCCAGCACCCGCCAGGCGCACCCUCUCUGAUGUCACCGGCACCUCGGCCGCCUUCAGCUGCCUAUCAAUGGACAGCCCUAACAUAGAUGCAUCUACGUUUUCAUCAGGUCAGGACCCCGAGCGCCCCCCUAAGCCCCUCCCACGCCGGGUCAACUCAGACCAACGGCCCCGCCCCCUUACCCCAGAAGCCCUGCCCCCUGCCGCCAGUCUGUCAGCCGGCUCCCGAGGGGGGCCCGUUCCCAGUGUGGCGCUACCCAUCAACGGGGAGAUAGAGCAUCUGAUGAGCCAGGGCUACUCAUUCCAGGACAUCCAGAAGGCCCUGAUGAUCGCCCAGAACAACCUGGAGACGGCUAAGAACAUCCUGCGCGAGUUUGUGUCCAUCCCCUCCACGGCCCACAUCCUCACAUAGCAGGCUCAACACCACACCCUAUAUACUUUACUCACUGUGCCAUAAUGGAUAGCAUUUCUACUGUGCUGGUUGUGACAGGUCUGGAAGUGCUGUAAAUUGUAAGGGGAAGAGGACUCGGUCCUAUGCACAGGCAUCUAAGUGAGAAAAUCUAAAGGAAGAGGGAGAAUGCUUGACGUGGCCUCUGUAUGGCCAAGCCUUUGACCCUUGUAUGGUCGUUUGUGCUUGCCUCCAGUCUUAUUGUGUGGCUCUAAGCAUUUCCUUGUUUCUGAGUGCAAGAUGGAGUAAGCCGAAAUUCACACUGUGCUUAGGCUGCAGGAAGGAAUAGUUAUGGACUUAUUGUGCAGUAACUGUUGUUGGGGCAAACUUGACUCAUGAUUCCCACUCCCACCCAUGUUAGUUUUGAUUGGGUCAUAGUCGUACAUACAGUUUGUAGCUAGAUACGCCAGGUGGAGACUAAAGCAUUUGAUUCUGUGGUUUGUGCUAAAGCCAAUGAAUGUGAAUAUUUUAGUUGGAUUGCAUUGUUACAGGGCUCGAAGUCAUACAUUUCACUGUAAUUGCAGUAACUAUUU